UUAGUAUCACUCUUUCUUUCCCCUUCAAUCUUCAUAGUAUUCAAGGUAUGGCUUUUCAAGUCUUACUCAUCUGUUUGAUGUUCACCAUCAUAAUCAUGUUUACAUCCAUAUUGGGUAGAAAGCAAAACAAAACCUUAAUCCACCUUCCACCAAGUCCCAUAGCCCUUCCCAUCAUUGGCCACCUCCACCUUCUUUCCCCAAUACCUCAUAAUUUUCAUAAGCUCUCAAUCCAUUAUGGACCCAUCAUACAUCUUUUCCUUGGAUCAGUCCCUUGUGUGGUGGUUUCCACGGCAGAAGCCGCCAAAGAGUUCCUCAAAACUCACGGAAACUCCUUCUCUGACCGCCCUCGAUCUAUUUCCAUCAAGGCCAUAUCCUACGGCUAUAAAGACUUCAUGUUUGCACAAUACGGAUCUUAUUGGAAGUUCAUGAAGAAACUUUGCAUGUCUCAACUUCUCGGUGCUCGCAUGCUAGACCAGUUCCUUCCCGUGAGACGACAAGAGACACAAAGAUUCAUUAAACGUGUGCUCCAUAAUGGGGUCGCUCGUGAAGCCAUGGAUUUUGGAAAAGAGUUCAUGACACUUUCGAAUCGCAUCGUGUCAAGAAUGAGCAUGAGUCGGACAAGUUCUGAGAACGAAAAUGAAGAUGUAGAGAUUAGGAAGCUCAUGGCCGAUACCGCAGAACUCAUGGGGAAGUUCAACAUAUCAGACUUUAUUUGCUUCUUGAAGAAUUUUGAUUCGCAGUUGCAGGGAUUCAACAAGAGGCUCAAGCAAAUUCGGCACAGGUUUGACACCUUGAUGGAUACAAUUAUUAAGGAACGUGAAGAGCAAAGAAGGAAGAAUAAGGAAAUAGGUGGAACACGUCAACUUAGGGAUAUGCUUGAUGUUUUACUAGACAUACUUGAAGAUGAGAAUUCUGAAAUGAAAUUGGACAAAGAGAACAUCAAGGCCUUCUUCUUGAAUAUAUUUGUUGCUGGAACCGACACGUCAGCUAUAACCAUGGAAUGGGCUAUGGCAGAGUUAAUCAACAAUCCACAUGUGUUGGAGAAGGCAAGGCAAGAAAUGGAUGUAGUGAUUGGGAAGAGUAGAAUAGUAGAAGAAUCAGAUAUUGUGAACCUUCCAUACCUGCAAGCCAUUGUUAAAGAAACAUUGAGAAUUCACCCAGCUGGUCCAUUGCUUUUUAGAGCCUCAUCAAAAAGUGCAGUAAUUUGUGGUUAUGAUAUUCCAGCCAAGACUCGAUUAUUUAUUAAUGUUUGGGCUAUUGGUAGGGACCCCAAUCACUGGGAGAACCCACUUGAGUUCAAGCCAGAGAGGUUUAUUGGAAAUGGGCAGAGUCAAUUGGAUGUUAGGGGACAACAUUAUCAUCUAAUUCCGUUUGGGAGUGGAACAAGAGGGUGUCCUGGUACUUCUCUAGCAUUGCAGGUUAUGCAUGUCAAUCUGGCUGCUAUGAUUCAGUGUUUCCAAUGGAAGGUUUAUGGCAAUGGCACGGUGGACAUGAAAGAGAAGUCUGCUGGCAUCACUGUUCCUAGGGCUCACCCUAUCAUUUGUGUUCCUGUUCCAAGGCUUAACCCAUUCCCUCUAUGUGAUUAAUCAUAAGAUGGCAUGUCAAAGUUUUAGAUAGAGUAUUUUUUUUAUACAAAAUUUCAAAAGACUUUUCACAACUUUCUAUCGAAAAUAAAUAUUUUUUUUCCAA